GCAGCAAGAGAUGCAGUGAGAACCGACUGUAGAUGAAUGCGCUUGACUUCAACGAAACAGCUUCACUUCCAAAUUUCAAGAAUUUUGCCAUUAUCACGGAUAAUUUAACUUACAUAAAUCCAAACGGGAGUUGUGCUUCCUGAACUUGCCCAGACAAUGGAACUAGCACUAUGCAGCAGUAACAACUCACCCCUGGGAGUUAACUACACAGCGAAGAUCACCUGCAGAACCACAACAGUCGGCUCCGCCGCGGUACCUUCAACUACGUGUGGCUUGACAGCAACACCUUUUGGGUUUUUGGGAUGCAUAUAAGAGAAAGCGUGAAGAAAAAAACACUUACGUAUGUAUGUAUUUUGUGCAACAACUGUGGAAUUACGCUGUUUUAGGGAUAUACUCGUAAUUCAAAUUUCCUGAGACAUGGACUUUGAGACUCAGCCCACAUGUUAAAAUAUCUGUUGAAGGAGCGUGUUAAUAUUCCCAGUGACUGAAAACAUGAAAUCUGUACGGAACGCAUAGCAUAGACAGUGGAAUUAUACAUCGACCUGGCUAACGAUAUCCUCUAGACUACAAUAUCCUCGGCGUAAUUCUGCAGCUGCUUUCGUCGCUAUCCGUGGCACUAAAAAGUACUCCAAAUUUUGGUGUUGUGAAGCAGUAAAGACAGACGAAGGAAAACGAUUUCAUGGCCGGUGCGGUUAUGAGAUUCUUGUGGUUUACUUGGGACUCUUAACUGAAAAAGCUACCGAAAAUUGCACAAUUGGAGCUCUAAAAACAUUAAAGGAUUUGGAAUUCUGGAGCUAAUUGCUGUAGAUGACCCAAAUGAAACCGUCAAAAAUGUACCGAAUAAAUGCCAUGGGGAUCUAUUUGUGGGAAACAAUAGUAUUUUUCAGCUUGGCAGCAUCGAAAGAAGCAGCAGCGAGAAAAGCGGCGUCCCCAAUGCCCCCCUCGGAGUUCCUCGACAAACUCAUGGGGAAGGUGUCGGGUUAUGAUGCCAGAAUCAGACCUAAUUUUAAAGUUUUGCACAUGGGAAAAUAUGACCCACAAGGCACCAAAUCAGAAGCUACACACAAGAAAGGUCCACCUGUAAACGUAACUUGCAACAUUUUUAUUAACAGUUUUGGAUCUAUAGCUGAAACAACAAUGGAUUACAGAGUGAACAUCUUCCUGAGGCAACAGUGGAAUGAUCCGCGCCUGGCCUAUAGUGAGUACCCUGAUGACAGCCUGGAUCUGGAUCCCUCUAUGUUGGACUCCAUCUGGAAACCUGAUUUAUUCUUUGCCAACGAGAAAGGAGCCAACUUCCACGAGGUCACCACCGACAACAAGUUGCUUCGGAUUUCUAAAAAUGGCAAUGUUCUGUAUAGUAUAAGGAUAACACUGAUCCUUGCCUGUCCUAUGGACCUGAAGAAUUUCCCAAUGGAUGUGCAGACCUGUAUUAUGCAGCUGGAGAGCUUCGGAUAUACAAUGAAUGACCUGAUAUUUGAGUGGGAUGAGAAGGGAGCCGUGCAGGUGGCUGACGGGCUUACGCUGCCUCAGUUCUUACUGAAAGAAGAGAAAGACCUGCGGUACUGCACAAAGCACUACAACACAGGCAAGUUCACCUGCAUCGAGGUCCGUUUCCACUUGGAGCGGCAGAUGGGAUAUUACCUCAUCCAGAUGUACAUUCCUAGUCUGCUCAUCGUCAUCCUCUCCUGGGUCUCCUUCUGGAUCAACAUGGAUGCUGCACCUGCAAGGGUGGGCCUGGGCAUCACCACUGUGCUUACCAUGACAACCCAGAGUUCAGGUUCCAGAGCUUCUCUGCCUAAGGUCUCUUAUGUGAAAGCCAUUGACAUCUGGAUGGCUGUGUGCCUGCUGUUUGUGUUCUCCGCCCUGUUGGAAUAUGCUGCUGUCAACUUCAUCGCCCGCCAACACAAGGAGCUGCUGCGAUUCAGGAGGAGGAGACGACACAUGAAGGAGGAUGAGGCUGGAGAGGGUCGAUUUAGCUUCACGGCCUAUGGCAUGGGUCCCGCCUGCCUGCAGUCCAAGGAUGGCAUGGCCAUCAAGGGCAACAACAACAAUGCACCCACCUCCACCAACCCCCCAGAGAAAACUGUUGAUGAGAUGCGAAAGCUCUUCAUUGGCCGAGCCAAGAGGAUCGACACAGUCUCCCGUGUGGCCUUCCCUCUAGUUUUCCUCCUUUUUAACAUUUUCUACUGGAUCGUAUACAAGAUCAUACGCAGUGAAGAUGUCCACAAGCAGUAAGAAUGAAGAGAGAAGAGAUGGAGAGAAUAAACAAGUUCAAUAAUGCCAAUCUCUCCCCCCAACUACACUCCUUCCUGAUCAAUGCUCACUGGCUUUUGGGGGCGAUUCCCUGGCAGAGGUAUUUAUCGAUAUCUUAUUUUCCUCUUUUUCAGUUCCAAGCCUUUUCUAGAAUAAUCCGGACCAGUGCAAUAGCAAUGCAGUAAAAUGCAUGGUAUAUGAAUGUGGCAAUAUAUCUACAAAAAUAGAAAAAUGAAAACGUAAAUACUCAAGACCUUUACAGAUACAUUCAAGAACGUUAUGAUUGAAUUACAGAAAUUUUAAAAAGAAAAGAAGAGGCUCUUGUAAAGAUGUGUUUUUGCAACUGCAUUAUAUGAAGAAGCUGGGGCAGCGUGCUGUAAUAUAUUCUAUAUCUAUCAUAAAUGAAAAAAAAGUAAAGGAGAUUUUAAAGGACCUACGGCUGUUUGGUGCUUCCAUAGAUUAAGUGAUGCAAGGACCUUCCGUCCUAUAUAUCUAAAUUUGCUUCAACGUGUAUUGCAAGCACUUGUCAAUGCUUUCCUUGAACCGUCAACAAUUAUAAACUGAGAUUUCAUGUGAUUGAUGCCGCUAUCGAUUACAUGAUUAAAACUCAAUGAGAGGAGAUCAAAAAUAUAUUGUUUUAUACAAGCUGUGGUCCAUGUGUUACGCUAUAUGUGCUUACUUACUUUAUUAAAUUAUUGCAUAGUUUUUUUAAAUAUUUAUUUCUGUGCCAAGUAAACAUCAUGCUGCUAAUAUACAUUGAGCAGCUCCAGUUCUCUGGGACGUUUUCCAUGUACACAUUGUCAUUGUACAGAAAUUCCAUUUAUUUGUUCAUGUAUUUUCUUUUCUAUGGUGUUGGUUCUUAAUUGUCAUUAAUAAUUGAUAAGAGUUGGCAGGUUAUUCCACUGCUUUCUUCAUGAACCACUGAGAAGACCAGAGAGAGAGAGCUAAGUAGCAAACAUUUUGUUUUUUCCUUUUUCUGUCUGCUAUGGAGUCAAAAAAGUUCUCCGAAUCUCCCGUAAAUGUGAUCACUGAUUUACAUAUCAAAUGCCUGUAACCAUUGUUUUUUUUUUUUUUACGUUGCUUCCUUUAACAAACUUGCCAAAAGUUUUUUGAUUAUGAGCUAAGACCUUAGCUUGGGUGGCCUGCAGACAUCCCAGUAAUCACACAAGAUCCCACCUCAUAGCAUGACAAGAUGGAGGCUGCGCUAACGUCAAAUACUUAAAUGAAAUUGAAGUAAAAACCUUGUGUAUCUUUUUGAUCCCAUGAUUACAUUUAACAUGCAUUAAUGUAGUUCAACAUAUAAAGUAUUAUUUCUAUUGGCUAGGUAUUCUGUUAAAGACAACCGGAGCAAGUAAUGGUCUUAUUGUGUAAUGUACACUUUAAUAAGCUUACAUAGUACAAAAGGGAGUAUUUUGUAGUUUGACUUACUGUAUGGAAGUGAAAUGCAUUGCUUUUCGUCAGGCUUCUCUAUGCAAUUAGUAAUAUAUGCAAUUAUUUUUUUAGCUUUACAAUGUCAAAAGUUCACUCAUUUUCAAGUCGUGUCAUUAUCAGAGGUUUCAUUUCAGAAAUCGCAGAGAAGAUUUUCAGUUGCGGACACAUGUAGGCCUAAGAUACAGUAAUGCAUUGCUCUGAACUUGCAUAAUUCCUCCCUGUAAAGAUGUUGCUAACUAUUGGACAUUUUCAUGCACAACAAUUUUUUUAACAACGUGAACAUUUCACAAAGAUAUAAAAAUGAAGUCUUUUUGUGAGUUUGACUAAAAUUCUGACAAUUAUAUGGGAGAGGAGAUUCAUCUAUAUGCAAAUGUAUGGAUUUGAUUGACAGGUUCAAACCUCUUUGCUUCUGGAGCAGGGGGCCAUAUACUGAUUGCUUAGGUGUGGUCAUUUGCAUAAGGUUUGGAGAAACAAAAGAACAGAGUUUACUUGUUUAAUUGGUGGAACUUACACUGAUAGUUGAGAUGAGGUCACCACAAUGUCUGUUGAUCCAGCUUUAAUAAUAAAAGUCUGGAGAAGUGCAUAAAAAGUGAAAGCUAUUGAAAUAACAAUGGAAUUAUUCUCUUAUACUUUUGUGAUUACCGUAGCAACUGCAAAAUAACAGAAUCAUUAUUGAGUCUUUAAACAUUCUUUAAGAAAUGGUACAAGGCCAAAGUACUGCAGCUUACACGUAUGUGCUCUGAGCAUUUUCAUCUGAGAAUCUAUCCUGUUGGCACUGAGCUGACUAAACUGAACGGACGAUGACAACGAACGGAUGUUGCUGAGUUCAGUCAUUUGCCAAAUUUUGGUUUUAUACUAAAACCAAAGAAGCAUUUUGUUAACCAAUUAUCAUUGCCUUCCUGGCUUGUCAUUGCUAUGACAGGAGAAAGUAUGAUGCCACAUUUUUGUAUCAAAUACAUGUAUGCAAAUUAUAAACAAUAUUGUUUAUUUAUAGGGACUCAUCUCUAAGUUCACUCCGUUACUUCCAAUCGGGAUGAAUUGUAUACAUUUACUUCUGUCUGUGGUAGCUAACAAAAUGCUAUAAUUUGAUAUGAGUCACAUCCUGUUUCUUUAUCUAUUUUUAUCUUAACAAUUAUACAAAAUGUUAUACUGCAUUCUGAGUUAAGUAUGAGUCAUUUUCUUGUAGUAAUGUAUGUUUAUCAAUAGUUCCCUACAAUAUUAGGGGCUUGGUAACUUGCACAAGAAUAACAAUUUUCACAUGAAGGUAAGAAAAAUGUUACAGUAACUUGUACAGUUGGGUAUCAAUAUGUGUUAUUCAGAUUUGGCUUUCUUGCAGUUGAGUCAGGCACUGACUAGAUUCAGGUAUCUUAGUGUGUUUACAGCCUAUACUGGCUGCAUGAACGACUUGAAGGGCUUUUGCAUUAGGCUUCUCAAAAUAUUUUAAAUUACAAUGAUUUGCCCCCCAUAACAAUGCAUUAUUAUAUGCAAAGUUUUUUUGCAAGAAUGUGGUUAAAUUAUUAGUCUAUAACCUACUGGCUAUUUUAAGAUAUUGGCAAAGCAAUUGUUUGGCCAAUGUUUUGACAUAUGUGCAAUAUUCAAUUGUUAAAACAUAUAUGUGUACAUUUGUUAAUACAUAGAUUUUUGCCAUGAAACUAUAUUAUAUUGAAUACAAGUCUGGACAAUUCAACCAUAAUGACUAUUCAAUAAAAUAAUAUUGUCUUGUGCCAUAUACAUUGUGUUGAAUAUGAAGCCAACGAUACUAAGCAUAUCAUGUAAUAAUACAACUGUCAUGCUAUUAACACAUGUAUACUGGUCAUGGAGUGUAGGCUUAUGUAGGUCUGCUCACUGUAUCAAACAUUACAGAAAGGUUGUCCAUAUUGCAGUAUGGGUUUACAGUGUAGGAGUGCAAUGUUCAAGUAUCAAGUAGCAUGUUCUGAUUUAAGGAUUGAUAUCACUGUUUUAAGUUCAUUGUAUUUAUUAUAUCACAAGGGUUAGUAAUGACAACAAUUGAAUUGAGCAAAUAUUAAAAAUAAUUUGAAAAGAAAACAUUCUUGAACAGAUGUACUCAAAAGGGGAUGCUUGUUUAUUUUAUUUUUGCACUAGUUGGAAUGGCCUUAAUUUUAGCUUACUUGCUUAAAUUGUGUAUUGGCACAAAGUGCACAUGUUCAUUUGCUUACAAUAUCAUGAUAUCCAAGAGUGCACUUCAAAGCAGAAACAUUCAGUUAAAUCCUUUUUAUUUUUAAUUAAAGAGAAAACAAAAUGUUUUGCAUGAGUAUUAAUACUAAGGCAGAUAUUUUUGGCUUGUACAAAAUCUUUGGCAAUUUGAAGAAACAAGAAUGUACAAUUUCUGCUGUGUAUGUAUAUAACUAAAUAUUUAUUGAAAUAUGUCAUAAUACUAAUUCAAAUUACAAUUAAAGGUUUUCUGAACAAAAUCUCUUACCUGUUUUUGAACAUUGUCAAGGUUGUUGGAGUUGGACUAUUGAUUUAUGUUACUCAACCCAAGGAUCUGUGUAAUCUUUAAAAAAUUAUUAAAAAUGCAAA